AUGCACGUCAGCCGGGAGGGUCAUCUCUGGACGCCAAGUGCCGGCCUCCAACAGGGUCUUCCGUCCAUUGGUGUUAUUGAGCCUUCAUCCAACCGGCCAGCCGACAAAAUCCAUGACGCUGUAGUGAUCGGUGCAGGCUACGCUGGCUUAAUAGCAGCGCGUGACCUUACUACAGCCGGAUACGAUGUGCUUCUCCUUGAAGGCAGAGACCGCAUUGGCGGACGAACGUGGUCCGCUGAUAUUGAAGGCUAUCCUUACGAAAUGGGGGGAACUUGGGUCCAUUGGAACCAACCAUUUGUUUGGAGAGAGCUGGCUAGGUACAGCAUGAGCGACGACCUUGAGAUUUCACCCAUCGCCGGUCAAGGACUUGAAGACACUUGGGUCAACCGUUCAAAUGGCAGCACAACGAAACUCGGCUCUCAAAAGGAGUUCGACAUCUUAGAAUCGGCAGUCAAAAAGUUUGUUAAUGUUGAUGGAAAGUUCGGCCGAGAAGCCAUUCCUUUCCCGCACAAUGCGCACCACAACCCUGUUAUAGGCGAGUACGACAAACUUUCUUUCGCCAAUCGACUCGCCCAGAUUGAAGACGAUUUGACACCCAUUGAGCGUGAAGUACUUGAGAUAUUUCUCUCUGUGACCUCCGGUGGUACGAUGGAGGAGUCAAGUUUCUUUGACAUGCUUCGAUGGUGGGCCCUCAACAACUACGAUAUGCUCAUGUUUAAAGAGAUGUGUCUUACAUUUAAGCUCAAGGAUGGGCAGUCAAAAUUGGCCCGACAGAUCUUCGAUGAAGCUAGUGCGACGGGGAAGCUCACCUACCAAUUUAGUGCCCCAGUAGCCAUUGUCGAAGACCAGGGAAGCUAUGUUGUGGUCACAACUCGGUUGGGCGUCCAAUAUCAAGCCAAGCGGGCAAUUUCGACAAUCCCGCUCAAUGUGUUGAAGGAUGUCACAUUCAAGCCCGACCUACUUCCAGGAAAGCGGGCGGCCUCGGAGAUGGGCCACGCUAACCAUUGUGUCAAGGUCCACGCUGAAGUGGCUAAUCCAGCUCUUCGGACCUUUAGUGGCUGGAACAAAGGCGGUUUGGGUAUGGCUUUCGGCGACGGCACCACGCCAGCGGGAAACACCCACGUUGUGGCUUUUGGAUGCUCGUACCCCGAUCUCCGUCUCGAGCCUACGGCCGACGCUGGGCAGAAGGCCUUGGCGGCCAUGGUUGCCUUUGCGCCAACGCUGUUCGAGGACAUUCGACGACUUGUAUUCCACGACUGGAACACUGACGAGUUCGCCUUAGGCACGUGGGAGUUCCUGCGUCCCGGCAUGGCAACAGAAUACCUAGAUGUUUUGAAAGCGCGCCAAGGCAAUAUUUUGUUUGCCAGUGCCGACUGGGCUAAGGGCUGGAGGGGUUUCAUUGACGGAGCAAUUGAAGAUGGAGCCCGAGUUGCAAAGGAACUUGGCGGCGAGCUUGGUCACUCUCAGCAUACACUUCCGUUGCGCGUUGCUGGAAAUGAUGGAUAG